AACCUUUUGCCAAACGCAACCAAACUGAAGCUCUGAGUCGAAGAUGAUGUUGAAUAGGAAUGCAAUACUGGUGAUCGUGGGAGCCGCUGUCCUGGGAGAGUGUGCUGUCUCUGAUGUCCCUGUCGGAAGCCGUAGUUUGGACUGGGAAUUGCAGAGCAUACUGGAGCCAAGAACCGGAACACGUGUGAACGAAGCAAUGGGACUGAUUGUAUGUUCACCGCGAACCUCUCGACACGAACCUCAACAAUAGCGAACCAACAAGUACAGUAGCUCCAGAUUUGAGCAGAGAGUUAGACUGGACUUACUACCUAGCAGGCAGCACUGGUGCCUCAGUCAUCUGGGCCUUUGUGACACUGUUUGCCAUGCUACUGGUAGUGGAGUCUGUCAGAGAUAAGCAGAAAGCAGUUCUCGAAGAAAUCAAGAACAAGAAACCAGAGGAGUUCCGACUAACAGAGAUGGGGUGGAG